GAGAGACAAGAACCUCUGCUGAGGAUCGUGAGUCCUGGCUGCCGACCCCUGAGAAACAAGAGCUCAUCACUUCAAGCUUGGGCUGUUCUGUGGUUACAGAGUGUGUUAUUGUUCCUGGACUCAAACUAUGGCAGACAGAGACUGGGGAAACCAAACGGCCAUCACAGAAUUCAUCCUUCUGGGAUUUGGGGAUCUCCCUGACCUGCAAAUUCUUCUCUUCCUGAUGUUCCAAGUGAUCUACAUGGCAACCGUGGCUGGGAACACCUUCAUCGUGGUGAUCGUUAUGGCUUACCAGCACCUGCACACCCCCAUGUACUUCUUCCUGGGCAACUUGUCCUGCCUGGAGACCUGCUACACCUCAACCAUCCUGCCCCGGAUGCUGGCCAGUCUCCUGACUGGGGACAAAACCAUCUCAGUCAGUGGCUGCUUCACACAACUGUAUUUCUGUGGUUCUCUGGUAUGUACAGAAUGCUAUCUCCUAGCAGCGAUGUCUUAUGAUCGGUAUUUAGCGAUAUGUAAACCCCUGCACUAUUCAACUCUUAUGAAUAGCAGGUUUUGCUUCCAGCUGGCUGCUGGGUCAUGGUUAAAUGGCUGUUUGGUUACUGCCAUCUUUUUCUUAUUCCUAUCACACUUAAUAUUCUGUGGCCCAAAUGAAAUUGACCAUUUCUAUUGUGAUACCAUCCCACUGAUGGAACUCUCCUGCAGUGACACCCACCUGGUCAUAUUGCUGGCUUUCAUAAUAGCCUCCAUAUUCACCCUGCCUCCAUUCCUACUAACCCUGACAUCCUAUGUGUACAUCAUCGCCACCAUCCUGAGAAUCCCUUCCACCCCCGGGAAACAAAAGGCCUUUUCCACCUGCUCUUCUCACCUCAUUGUGGUGACAAUUUUCUAUGGAUCCAUAAUGUUUGCGUACCUGCUACCGAAACAUGAUACACUGCGAGAUCUGAACAAAGUGGUCUCUCUUUGCUACACGGUCCUGACUCCCCUGGUAAACCCCCUCAUCUACAGCCUGAGAAACAGAGAGGUCAAGGAAGCCUUGUGCAAAGCAGUCAGUAAAUUUGUGCCUUUCACCAAAUGUGCAGAGACUCCUAGAGAAUAACUUAGCCUGAGGUUUUCAAAGCUUCCCGGCAAUCAGCCCCCAUUAAAAUUAAGUUGAAAUCUCCCAUUGAAAAUCUCAGCACUAAUGUGAAAAACAAAAGGAAUAAGAAAAGAAAAAGAAAAGGAUAUGAUCUGCAUGGAGUUACUGAGACAGUCUUUAUUGUCCCCCGCUGUGUCCAUGUAACACAUCUUCUAGGAAAGUGAGGAGCUGACAGCUCUGUCACUCUCUCAUGUUAAGCACUGAUACACACAGUAUGAGGAUAUUUUUCUCCAGGGUGUUGACUAAAUGUUCAGCCUCUGUGAGGAGUGUACAGUGUCUGAAACCACACAGAGCUGACAUUGUGUAAGGCAGAAAAUCCACUAACAAUGAAAAUAAAUCCCUGGGUAUAUCCUUUGUUCAUUGUUUCUCUACAUAAGAUAAUAAAGUCUUGUAUUCAAAUUCA